ACACGCGCGCUUUUGUGAUGACACGUGAUGACGUGGGGAACGAAUGGCGGAAGUGACGAUAGAGGCGCGUAAAGUUUAAAUUUGUUCCAGGUGACGACGAGGGACGUGAGCCUGAAUUUGCAGCAGGGAUGAAUGAAAACACUUUCCCGGUGUAUAAGGUGGAUGUAAUUGUGCAGUUCUACCGAACCGAAGUUCUGACUGGACAAGAGGCCAAACACUUCACCAAGAAUGACAUCACUCCCAACCCAAAGGCCGAAUCCAUUCAGAGACUCUACAUGAGGGUUUUGCAGCUUCUGUUUCGGUUCAGACCCGAGUGCCACUACACGGUGCCGCUGUCUGAGAACGUGCAGUUCCCAAUGCUGUACGAGUGGGUGUCUCCGGUCAUGAGCGUCUACAUGCGCAUGUGCCAGUUCUUGCCGCUGUGUCACGUAUAUGAUUUUUCCCUGAAUGACUUGCUCAACCCCAAGUUGAAGCGAACGAUCACUAUUCUGAGUGCGAUCCAGAACUUCCUGCACUUCCGGAAGCAGAGGCUGGAGCUGACGGCCGCACACCAGCAGAGCUUCCGGUGUGAUAUGGACAGACUCCAGGCGUACACACGAGAAAUCAAGGAAGCUGAGAAGAAGAUCGAGAAGCUGACAACCAUUCCCCCGGAGCAGCAAGCGGAGGCUAAAGAGCUAGCGUCUGCCCUGGCGGAGCUCACCGCUAACACACAGCGGGAAUACCAGGAUGUGACUGCAAUGAAUGAAAUGGUUGCGCAGUGCAAGACGGAAAUUGCAGAGAUCUCACAGAAACUGACUCAAAGGAAAGUGGAUGUGGCGACGCUGAAGGAUGAGAUCUCCAAGUUCAAGUCUCAGAUCGUGGAGUCGCCCGAAGAGCUGAAAAGCGAGAUGGAAAGGAUGAAGGAGAACGUGAAGAGCAUUAAGAUGUCUAAAGAGCUGGCCGAUGAGAGGCUGGUGGAGCUACAGAUGCGGGUCCAGUGUGCUGGUCAGGUGGAGGCAGAACUACAGGUCCUGCUCAAACAACUGCAGGACUUACAGAUUAGCAUGUGCAAGACCAACCAGCAAAAAGAGGAGGUCCAGAGAUCAGCUGCCAUGAAUGAAGCCUUGCAGAAAGAGCUGAAGAGCCUGAGCAGUGAAGAGGCCCAGAUGAAGAGGGCGUUUGCCAUGAAGCUUGACAAGCAGUCGAAACAUCAGAUCCGGCGCCAGAAGAAAAAAGAGGUCAAAGAUCAGCAGGUCAAAAAUAUUUAUGGGCAAUAUGACAAAAUCCACCAGAAACGAGAGGAGUUUGUGAAGAAAAUGGAAGAAAGCAACCGUGAAACUAAACGGUUCAAGGAAAGGAUGCAGGAGCUUAGAGAAAAGUGCAGCCAGCACACCCAGAAAGCCCAGGAGAUCUACGAGCGUCUCCUCACCACGCUGGAGCAGUACAACAAGCGCAUCGAGGGCAUCGUGGUGGACACCAAUGCAGACACCCUAAAAAUGAAAUCGCAUUUCUAGAAUCCUCUUACACGCAUUUCAAGUUCCUGCAUUUGUUGAAAGUUUGUCUUGUUUCAUUGUAAAUGUAUAUAUUUUUGGUUAAUUAAUUUCCCCCCUCCUUUCAGUGAAGUACAGCUAUAAUAGAAUUAUAUCUAAAUCUUAGGUGGCAAAAAGUGACUUCUAGAGAUCGGUGUCGAUCUUGAAUAAAGCGUUUAUUGGGUCCUGCUUUUUCAAACGAAA